AUGCUUAGAUUUGUAGCCAGAAAUCUCAAUAAUGUUUAUAAAUUUUCCGAAUUGUAAAAGUUUGGAGUCUCUUUUCUUGGUUCUGGAAAUGCAGAAUAUUUGGAAAAUCUAUUCGACUAAUGGUACUUGGAUAACAAAUCAGUCCCUGCCACUUGGGAUUCAUAUUUUAGACAAGUCUUGGAAUCGAACAAUUUUGAUUUCACUCCUGAGCCAUCAAAGGGAUAAGCACUUUCUCUUCAAUUGGAUGUAUGAUAAUCUAUAUGAAAUUAGGGGCAAUCGGGUGUAAGGAAAUUAUUGAGUGAUCAUUUCAGAGUGUUGUUGCUCAUAAACAAAUAUAGGCAUAGAGGACAUGAGAAGUCAUAGGUGGACCCUUUGGACUUGGAGCAUAUUUAACAAAUAGGCAAAGUGAAAGGAUAUACAAAAUUGGAUUAUAGUGAAUAUUUCACAGAAGAGGAUUUGGACAGAGAAUUUUAUAUACAUGCCAUCGGAAGCACUGGAAUCACAAGGGACAAAUAGAGUAAGAGAUUUUAAUAGUAAUUAGUGAUGAAAUUGAGAGACUUGAUAAAUUACUUAGAAAAGGCCUAUUGUGGAAAAAUAUCAUAUGAAUACAUGCAUAUCCAAUCAAACGAGGAAAGAGAUUGGUUUAGACAUCAAAUUGAGAAAUAUGAUGAAUUCAUGCCUAGCAAAGAGCAGAAAUUGAAAACCUUUGAGAGGUAUGAAUUAACAUGAUAAAAAAAUAGAUUGGGAUAGGAACAUGCAUUUAGUACAUUUUUGCAAAAGAAAUUCAAUACAUCAAAGAGAUUUGGCAUAGAAGGAUGCGAUUCUAUGAUUUCUGGGUUGUAAUCUUUGAUUGACGAAGCAGCAAGUGCAGGAGCAGAACAUGUUGUAUUUGGAAUGGCACAUAGAGGAAGAUUAAAUACACUAUACAAUGUAUUCUAGAAAUCAGCAGAGGAAAUCAUGGUUGAAUUCUAGGAUUUGAAGAGUACAUUUAAUGAAGAUAUUUGGGGUAAUUCUGGAGAUGUGAAAUAUCAUUUGGGUUCAGUUCAUAAUGUGUUAUUUGGAGAUAAGAAAUUGAGAUUGGAAAUGUUGCCUAAUCCAUCUCAUUUAGAAACUGUGGAUCCUUGUGUCUAUGGAAAAGUCAGGGCUAUUUAAGAUUAUUUCCAAGAUGAAAAGAGAGAAAAGGCAUUUGGAGUAUUGAUUCAUGGAGAUGCAGCAGUUUCUGGUUAAGGAAUCGUUUAUGAGUCUUUACAAAUGGCAGAUUUAGAAGGUUACAAAUCAGGUGGUAUCAUUCAUGUGGUAUCCAACAAUUAAAUUGGGUUCACUACUGUUCCUAAGGACAGCAGAUCAGGAUUGUAUUGCACAGAUAUAGCUCAUGCUAUUCAAGCACCAGUCAUUCACGUCAAUGCUGAUGAACCUGAAUUAGUUGACAAAGUGUUUAAGAUUGCCACUGAAUACAGAUACAAGUUCAAGAGAGAUAUCUUUAUUGAUUUGGUUGGAUAUAGAAGAUAUGGACAUAAUGAAUAAGAUCAACCUAAAUUCACUCAACCUAUUAUGUAUGAGAAGAUUGAUAAGGCUCCUCCUGUCUUUAUUAAAUAUAGUGACAAGUUGGUUGCCUAAGGCAUUGUCACAAAAGAAUAAGUGGACAAAUUGAUGAAGACUCAUGAAGAGAACUUGGAACUAGCUUAUCAAAAGUCAAGAUAAAUGGAUUACAAUCUCAAAGAUUGGCAACCUGUGCCUUGGGAAAUGAUUAAAGUCCCAGUCCUUUGGGGAAGAAUCAAAGACACUGGUGUUCCUUUGAAUGUAUUAAAAACAUUAGGAGAAAAAAUUAAUAAGAUUCCAAGUGAAUUCAAUGCUCAUCCAUAAAUCAAAAAAUUCUAUGAGGAAAGACUGUCAUGGAUUCAAAAGGAUUAGCCUAUUGAUUUCGCCACUGCUGAAGCCCUGGCAUUUGGAACUCUUCUUCAUGAAGGAUUCAAUAUUAGAUUAUCCGGAGAAGACGUUUAAAGGGCUACAUUCUCUCACAGACAUGCUGUUGUACAUGAUCAAAAGGAUCCUAAUGGUUAGGAUUAUGUGCCUUUGAAUUCUGUUAUUCCAAAGGGUUAAGAACAUAGACUCAGUAUUUAUAACUCUCAUUUGUCUGAAUACGGAGUUCUAGGAUUCGAUUAUGGGUACUCGAUCACAAAUCCAAAUACCUUGGUGUUAUGGGAGGCAUAAUUUGGUGAUUUUGCAAAUGGAGCAUAAAUUAUUAUCGAUAAUUAUAUUGCUAGUGCAGAAUCCAAAUGGGAUGUUGAUAGUGGAUUGGUUAUGUUGUUACCAAAUGGUAUGGAUGGCCAGGGACCAGAACACAGUUCAGGAAGAGUUGAAAGAUUUUUGUAGUUGAGUGAUGAUGAUCCUGCAGUUUUUGAAAAAAAUCUUGGAGGUAAUUUAAUCAUCUAAAUGUUUUAUAGUCAGAUUAACUAGAUAGAUGAGAAAUUCCAAUAUGUAAAUUGUUCAAUGCACCACUCCUGCAAAUUAUUUCCAUGCUCUCAGAAGAUAAUUAAGAAGAGAUUUCAGAAAACCAUUAAUUGCUAUGACAUCCAAAAGACUCUUGAGAUUGCAAGCUGCCAAAUCUAAGCUUACUGAACUUACUACUCAAUUCAAUUAGGUUUACGAUGAAGCCUUUCCUGAAUUCCUUGUCGAACCAAAUCAAGUUAAGAGAGUUAUUUUGUGUUCUGGACAAGUGUAUUAUGAUCUUCUCAAGAAAAGAGAAGACCUCAAAUAGAAUGUAAUGCUUACUUUAAUAAUAUUGUAGAAUGUGGCAAUCCUGAGAAUAGAAUAGUUGGCUCCAUUUCCUUACGAGUUCUUAUAAAAAAUUAUUGGCAAGUACAACAAAGCAGAAUUUGUUUGGGUCUAAGAAGAGCACAUGAAUUAUGGACCUUGGGCAUUUGUUAGACCAAGAAUUCAAAGUGUAUUGGCCAAAACUACAAAUGUUUCUAAUUCCCCUAUUUAAUACAUUGGCAGAAGACCAAGUGGAUCGCCAGCUACUGGUUUUCAUCAGUUACAUGAGAAAGAAUUUUAGACUCUAUUAUAAAAGGCCUUUGAAAUUUGAUAAAUUAUGUUAUAUUAUUUUCGAUAUUUAUC